CAGGAAGAAGUAUGGCCAGGGAUGCUAUGGAGCAGUGGUUUUUGUAGGGGUUGAUGAGUUGAUAGAUAUGAACCAUGCUUGGAUAGCAAGGAAAGGAAGACCUAGGAAAGGCUAUAGAUAAGCACAUAUUCCUUGGAUUCCACCUACAAAUCUUCAGGAGGUUGUGUAUUGUACACAAGAGGUUGUGUACUUCCUUUCGGGAACUCAACCAUGGGGUGGCACUGCUUAUCUGUACCAUAUUAGGCAUCUAGGGGAAGCAGAUAAAACUCUCCGCAACCCCUUGCUGGGAGCAAGAGUAGGUUUCGAGCAGCAUCAUAAAUUGUUAGUGUGGGGAGUACCAAUAUUUAUCGUUCAAAUCAAUACAACUAGGGAGCAAGUUAUCCAAUUUUUAGAGGGACAAGGAAUGAUAGGAUGGUAGGGGUUAAGAGGAAUUUGAAAAAGAGACUGGGGAAACCGCUGGACUGAAGAGAGGUAGAGAUUUCAGGGGAGGGGGGCACAAAGGAAGGGGUAGGAUGUCAAGCAUGGCUCUUGUGGACAAGCAUGCAGGAUGGUUUGGGAAGUAGGAGCUGAAGGGGGAGAAAUGGCAGAUCACCAGGUGAGAAAGAGAACAGAAGGAUCCAGAGAUUCAUCCCUCUGCAUCCCUUACCCCCUCUGCUUUCUCACAGAGACAGUGGGGACGAUGGGGCUGGUGGCUUGCAGAGGGGACUGAGCCUCUGCCUGUGAAGAGGCUUCAACUGUAUGCCCCCCUCCUCCCCCAUCAUGGAGCCCUUGAAGGAGCGGGCUGGGUGGUGCGCAGGGUACCUGGGGGAGGAGGCUGUGGCUGAAAUGAGACCUUUGCUACAAGAGAACGCUGGCCAGGAUGGUAUUGAAAUGAAGGUUGAGCCCACAGGCUGGGGAUCAGACGAUCCAGAGUUAGAGGAGGAUGACACUGGUCCAGAUCCUGUGCGGGUCUUGAUGUUGCCACUUCAGGCCCAGCAUGCCAUGGAGAAGAUGGAAGAAUUUGUUUUGAAGGUUUGGGAGGGCCGUUGGCGUGUUAUGCCCUAUGAUGUGCUGCCUGACUGGCUGAAAGACAACGAUUUUCUCCUGCAUGGACAUCGGCCACCCAUGCCUUCUUUCCGCGCCUGUUUCCGCAGCAUCUUCCGGCUCCACACCGAGACUGGCAACAUCUGGACUCAUCUGCUUGGAUUCCUCUUCUUUCUGGUUUUGGGCAUUGGAUACAUGUUCAGUCCCAACAUGAAAUAUGUGGCCCCCAUCCAGGAGCGUGUGGUCUUUGGCAUGUUUUUCCUCGGAGCCAUUCUCUGUCUCUGUUUCUCCUGGCUAUUUCACACAGUCUAUUGCCACUCUGAGAAAGUUUCUCGCACCUUCUCCAAAUUGGAUUACUCUGGAAUUGCCCUGCUCACCAUGGGCAGUUUUGUUCCCUGGUUGUAUUACUCGUUCUACUGCUCACCCCAACCCCAGCUCAUCUACCUCAUCAUCAUCUGUGUGCUGGGUAUAACUGCCAUCAUGGUGUCGCAGUGGGAUCACUUUGCCACGCCACAGUAUCGGGCAGUGCGGGCAGUUCCAUUCUCACCAGAUCUUCCACGUCUUGGUGGUCGCAGCUGCCUGUGUCCAUCUUCACGGGGUCUCCCAGCUGCAGGCAUUCCGCUCAUCGCUGGGUGGCAGCUGCACGGAGAACACUGUGCUCUGAUACCUUUUGAGGCCCAAGGGACACCUCUGCUGAAUGAAGGCAGCCCUCCUGUCACCCUGCGCACUUCUGGAUAUGGACCACGAGGGGCAGGGCCUCUCUUAAAGGGCACUGCACCAAGUCUCCGUUUGAAAAACAAUCUUUGUGUCCCAGGUCUUCUUUGCGGUUGGGGGAUGGCUCUCCUUUCCUCCAUUAGGGCAACCCACACGUGAGCCUAUGUAUGAUAUGUGUGAGCAUGUGGAUUACACGUGUGUGUGAUUUGCCAGCAACGGGUGUAAGGCUAAAGAGAUGGGUAGGCAUUUAAUCCCUUCAGACAGCUUAAAACGCAGGUCCAUGUGGGGAUUCAUAUAGAGCACGAUGGAUGCGUACAGUUAUCUCCCAGAAGCUAAGGAGAUGUCUUUUAAAAAAAACAACAAUGAAGUAUUCUCAGGUCUGUCCAAGCCGUGCAUAUUUGUUCAGUUCUAUUUGUGAACUGGUGCUCUUUUAAGAGGCGGCUUAUUUUCAGACGGGUGCCAAGAAAGCAUGUCGUCUACUGAAAUACGCAACAAACUAUUUUUGUCCCAUCAAAAGUAAAAAGUGAGGGAGGAAACCACAUGAUAGGGUGAUUGAAUUGGCUUUGUUGCUGGAUUGCUUGCUUCUCCAUGGAAAUGUAGGUUAUCAGUCUAAGAGCUAAGCCUACUAUCCAGACCGACAUCGGCAUGGAUGACUGGGACACACCUAUUCCCCCGUCCCGCGCCCGGGGUAAAGAUGGAUGCAGUUAUAUGCCAGUAAGCCCCCCACUCCACCCUCCAAGAUUUGUGGAUGUCUAAAUGUGUCAGCCUUCCCGGGUUUUUAGGGUACAGAAACUUUUCCAAUCACAACUGCAUAGGGAAAGAUCAGGGCUUUGGCUGGAGAAGCCUCCAUUUUUUUUUUACCAUCAAUUUACUAGUUUGGAAAUUACAGUAGCUGUUGCUUAGUUCUCUGUUCUUUAAUCCCUGACAAAUAGCUUCAAGGGUAGGACAUUUCUUAAUAAUAGAUUGUGUUUAUGUCUGUGUAUGUAGUGAGGGAUCAGGUUUCUUCUUCUCCCCAAGAAUCUCGAUUACAGCAAAUGAAAAUCAUCUGAACUGAACUCUCAUUGAUCCUCCAUCUUUUGAAGGACUGUCAGUCUAUUUGGUGUUUUGCUACAGAACCCUCACCCUUUUUCUGUUGAAGAUGUGGUGUGAAGGGAAAAGCCAGUCCAGUGUAACACAAGAGUCUUCUUUCUUUACGCAUCCCUCCCUGCUACUAGAAGAGCAAGGGGCUCCAACUUUCAUCCUGGAUGGCACAGUGAUACAACUUCUUUGGAUGCUGUCGGUAAAACAGGUAUACCAGUCUUGUAAGAAAGAGCCUAGAAUCUGGAUCUGAACACUGAAAGUUCCCUGCAAUCAAACCCAUAACCACUGGACUCCAACAUCAGCCACACCAAUUCCCAAAACGCUCUUCCCUAACCUGAUUGCCUCUGGAUUCUCAGUCUGCAUAACCAAUGUAUCUGGAGAUGAUACAGCUGCUUAAAGUCUGAGUAAAUGCCCAUCCUCUCUCUCCUGCAGCAAAUUCAGUCUCCUUUUGAAGUGAUUUAAUAACUGUAAAGCACAAAGAGUUAAGAUGCCCAGGCAGGAUGGGGAGGCCAGUUUCUUAUUAAUUUAUUGAUAACAUCUAUUGAUCAAUCUAAGUGGUGCUUAGUACAGUGGAGAUGGUUCUAGUUCUUUCAGGAUACAGUGGAAUUUAUAGGGAAAAGAAAUGGAGGAACAAAAAGAGGUCAGUUAUAAAGACAAUCAUCUGGAUUCUUUUCUGAAUGAUCUGGUUUGACUGCUAUGAAAAUGUGAGCGGGGAAAAAGACCGUUAUCUAAGAUAUGCCAUCUACUUUGUUCUGAGUUACAAAGCUGCACUAUUCAAUCCAGAAACUGGCCAGCUUUGAAGAAGAGGGGCAACUAGGCAUAGAUACUUUUGCCUCUAACCCUAACCCUAACUCUAGGCCAGGCCCUUUUGGGAUUGGUGGUGGAAGCACUUUUUAUCAUGGUACCAUAUCGAGAAGGUGUCACUUCUCUAGAAACGAUGGGACAUGUUGGAAAGUAAGCGUGGAGACCAUACUUCCAAAGGGAGAACUAAACAUAACAAAAGGGUGCAUGGCUUUUGACCUACCAACCCAAACCCAGCAUAUUGGCAGGGUGUGGCAGCUUCCAAAAAGUUUGAUCACAAUACCAAUCCAUACCUUUGUACAAUCCCAAGCAGGCAAGCAGAAUGAUUUAGUACCUCCAGUGGAUUGCUAAACAACGCUAGUCAGCUGGGUUUAUAUUGGAGACUGGGACAACAAGUAGAACAAGCUAGAUUUAACAGGAUCUACUAUUGAUAUGUUCCCCUGAGAUGAAACAACCAAGAGGGAAUGUCUUUUAAAAUACUUUUUCCCACAACCCUUUUUUUUUUUAGAAAUGAUGCUUGAUUUUCUGGAUCGCUUGCUAGAGUACAAAUUUCACAGAAAAAAAACGAUUUCCCUCAAAUUCCUAGGUUCUAUUCCCAACCUGGAAAGAUGAAGCAACAGCUCCAACUUCCCAGUCCUAUUACAAUCCCAAAGGGGUUCUGUUACUUGGUGGGUCAUAACAGAGGCCAAUCAAGUAUAAAUUAAAAUUAAGCACACUGAGAAAAAUUAAUUUACUACAAACCUCUAUACAGGGUUUAUGACUCAGCCUCGCAUUCCCAACUGUUCGAUUCAAAGCAGGGCACUUGCACAGCCAUUGAAUUCAAAUUGCUCUGUACAUAGUAAACCGUGAGUCCCUUUGUGAUAUGCUCUAAACCCAUUGCUUCCUCACCCCAUACUGUAAAGUGUCUCCACUCUGCACUGUUCCAUGGUUCUCUUUUCUCCUGAUCUUUGUGGGAAGCGCUAAAGAGCGUCUUUGUUUUUAAGAGUUUGGUUAUUUUUCUACUGGCCAUUGUGAUAAAAAAAUUCUUAGAGAUCAGACACUUUAGGGAAAAGAAUAGAAAGAAAAAUGUAAAAAUAUUCAAAGUGUAAUAUUAAUAAUUAUAAAAAUAAAGAAGAAUGUUUCCCUAACUCAAUAUGACUGAAGUUUGAUUCUUUCAAACUGGAAUUAAAAUUGAUGGCUGAAUGGAGCCUCCCACCCUUUAUUAGAGCCGCACAUUUCUGUUGCUGGAUUCUGAAUUAAAUAAUGAAAAACUAUUUUCACACAUUGGCUGUUUUCAUACAACAUACUUCAGGUUUAGUAAGAUAUCAUGUAGCUGCAUCUAUACAACAUACAAGCUUAUUUUUAAUCUUGGAGAAGGGCUUUUUUCAAAAUUUUCCUUAACCUAAUUAGUUGUUUUCUGGUUUGAGGUACUGUAAAAAAACAAUAUGACUUAAUUCAGUAUAUAAUGGUACCUUGGCACUCAUCAUUAAUUGAUUCCGGGAGGUGCAAUGAGUACCAAAAACUAUGAGUAAGAAACAAAUUUUUCCCACAAGGAAUAUUGUAGUGAGCCACAAGACAGUCUACACGAACAAGUUCUAGCUUGUGUAUCAAGUAUCAAAUGAUGAAUACAAAUUUUCAUGUCAAAAUAUGUUGAGUAUCAAAUUUG